ACUCCACCAACUUAGAAGUGAAAGAGCAUGAAAGUGAUAAAGCUUAUGAUAAUCCGCAGCUCUUUAGCGUCAGCAAUAUUCUGCGGGACAUUCCACAUCGCUGCAGCUGCCUGGCAGAAGUGGUCGUGUGGGGAGUCUCAAGCAAACGAAUGAUGAGCACCAAGAGGUUCUGAAGAAGCGGUCCGCUCCAGUAGAGCCAUUUAAAGGCGUGCGGAGAGGGAGACCCCAUCAAUUUAAGCUUCAACAAAAUUCUGAGGGGCAAUCCACAUCAGUGCAGCCGCCUGUUAAAAGCGGUCGCAUAAAGAGCCUCGAGCAAAUGAGUGAUGAGGGUCCGCAACCCAAAAAGUGCGCCAUAGCGGUAAGGUCACCACCUCCAGUCCAACUUCGCAGGAGCACUCGCCUAAGACGCCUUUAUCACACCGAUGAGCAUCGAGCGGUUUCUGAGGAGUUAUCUACUUCACUGCGGCCAUUAAGAAGCGGACCGAGAAGGAGACACCAGCAAACCGCUGAGCGUCAGUCUACACCAGUGCAGCUGCCGCGAAACGAUCAUGAGGGGAAUUUCCAACAGAAUGAACGUCAACAAGAUUGUGCAGGGCAAUCCAUAUCAGUGCAGCCGCCUGCUACCAGUUGUCGUGUGAGGAGCCUUGAUCAAUCGGAUAAGUAUAAACCACACUUCAAAGAGCAGCCCCCAGCGGAAGGUCCAUUACGGGCAGUCCACCUUCGCAGGAGCACGCGCAGAAGACCACUCAACCGGGAUGAGCCUCAAAUAGCUUUCGGGGACCUUCCUACACCACUGCACCCACCCAACAGCGGACAGAUAGAAAGACUCCAUCAAACCAUCGAGCUUCAAAUGAUUCCUGAAAGGCAGUUUGCACCGAUGCAGCCGCCGGCGAGCAGUCGGGCAAGCAGCCUCGACCAAUCAAAUAAGCAGCAACCACGAUCCAAGGAGCAGCUUACGGCCGAGAGACUACCUUCGGUAGCCCAGCUUCGCAGAAGCAUGCGCGGAAGACACCAUGAUCAUUCCAUUAACCAGCUGAUAGCUUCCGAGGACCCACCAGCUCCACUGGAGCCAUCCAGGAGCGGACGAAGAGCAAAACUCAACCAACCCGCUGAGUGUCACCUAAACUCUAAGGGUCAAUCCAUGCAGCUUCCUGGCAGAUGCGUGAGGGAUCCCCAUCAAUCGAAUACGCAUGAAUUACAACCUAAAGAGCAGCUAAUAGCGGAAACGCCAACACGGGCCGUUCAGCUUCGCAGGGGCAUUCUCGGAAGACGACAGGGUCAGCAUAAGGAUCUUCUCACGCCACUUGAGCAAUCUGAAGGCGAGCGGAGAGGGAGCGGCAACCAGUUCCUUGAGAUUCAAACGAGUUUUGAGAACACACCAGUGCAGCCACUUGCCAGAAGCAGUCGGGAGAGCAGUCCCGAACAAUACACUAAGCAACCGCCUGAGCAGCCACACACAUCUGAUGCGUCAGCCACAAUAGCACAACCUUGCACCGCCAUAAGCGAAAGAGGAAUUUACCAGCCGACUGAGGUGAAGGAAAGCAUUGCAAUCUUACCAUAUAAAACCUGA